GGACAGACACCGCUAGCCAACAGAGGGGGUGGCGUUUGAUUCGGUAAAAACCGAGAUUGAACGAACGGACUGUGUAACCGACGAAACUGCCCCUUUAAAUCAGGAAUACAGCGCAUUCGGAGGAGGUAAAGGUUUACAGCUGACCAUCAGACCUGAGGUCACAACCACUCCUGUCCAUCUGACCUGAGGUCACAACCACUCCUGUCCAUCUGACCUGAGGUCACAACCACUCCUGUCCAUCUGACCUGAGGUCACAACCACUCCUGUCCAGCUGAGUGACCCAACUCACCUCGUCAGUCCUUCCCCUGCACACACACCUGCCCUACCUGGUACACCUGUCUACCAAUCCAACACACACCUGCCCUACCUGGUACACCUGGCUACCAACCCAACACACACCUGCCCUACCUGGUACACCUGGCUACCAACCCAACACACACCUGUCUGGCCCUUGGUGCAGACUGGCCCUCCGAUCUGCACACCAUCCGCUAGUGGGGGUGUGUGUAUUGAUGGAUCAGGAUGUCAACCAAUAACAACAUCGCGCAGGCCAGAAAACUGGUGGAACAACUGAGGAUCGAGGCAGGGAUCGAACGUAUUAAGGUGUCUAAGGCAGCGGCAGACCUGAUGAGUUACUGUGAGCAGCACGCUCGUAACGACCCGCUCCUCGUUGGCAUCCCAACGUCAGAAAACCCUUUCAAAGACAAGAAACCCUGCAUCAUCCUAUAGCUGCACACUCAUCUCUGCACAUCAGACACACACACACACCUCUGCCCACACAUACACUCCCACUGGCUGACUGCAACAGCCAACAAGGCCCAGCUCUGUCAAGCUAUACAUACAACACACACACACACACACACACACACACAGAGAGAAACGAAAUAGCCACUCUGGAAAAGCGCCAUACUCAAUAGCCACAGCUAGGGGGCGGUGUCUGUGUUCAGACCACAUUGCCACAUUAGUGAUAUUAGCCCUGAGUUGUGUCUCUGUGGUGCUGAAGGUAAGCCUGCACUAACAUGCAGCCCUAACUGAUACUGGUUACUGACUCACCCACAGAGAUAGUGACACUCAAGUGGAGAUGACAGAUUUACUUCAAAAAGGGAUUAGGACAAUUAUCUUAAUAGGAAUCCACAGUCGCCUACAUGAAGUUAUAGGCUGAUGUAUAGCAUGUAUUUUAGUGAAUCAAUGAUUUAUUGAUUCAUUGAUUAUUCGAUUGAUUGAUAGCAGUAUCUGUUGAGGUGGGGGUUUAUGUGUGACCAAUCUGGUGUAAAACCUGGGUCGUUCGUGUGAUACAAGCUGUGUUAGCCCUCUCAGCCAAAGCCUAACCAUUAUCCGUGGAAGUUAAUAUAAGUCUUCAGGUCUCAGGCAUGGUUACCCAUCACUAAAGCACCGUGGCUAUACACGGUGUGUUUGUUAGCCAUAUAGUGGCUGACUUGCCACUGACUUGCUAAGUAUCACAAUGGGGAUGGCCCCUUCCUGAAACCUUGGGUCAACGGUAAUGUCAGUGUUUCCACAAGACAUUGUGUUUUUGUGAACAUGGCAUUGUAAACACUGAGCAGGUUGGUACAUGCUGCAUAUGUACCCACUGUGUUUAAACCCGGAUCAUCUGCAAUGCCACAAGACUGUGUUUAGCCCACUGAGCUAAAGCAUAGGCCACAUACACUCCCACUCUAGUGACGGUUAUCGAUCAACAGUGUUACUGCUUUGGUUUUGAUUUCUUGGUCAGUGGGUUUUCUAUCGGCCAAAACUCCAGCUGUGUCGACUUGUGGAGUAAGUUGCCCCUAUAUAAUGAUCUAAGAUCAGUCUUGUGUUUUCCCUCUAAUGGUAAAGGUUAGGAUUUAGAGAGGGCAAUCUGAUGCUAGAUCUGUCUAAAAGGCUGCGUUUACAUAGGCAGCCUAAUUCAGAUCUUUGUCCACUAAUUGGUCUUUUGGCCAAUCAGAUCAGCUCUUUUUCCCAAUAAUUGGGUAAAAGAUCAGAAUUUAGCUGCCUGUGUAAACGCAGCCUAAUGACACUUCUAUCUUGAGUACUGAGAGGCUAACUGUUCAAGUUUUUAACCCCAGAAGUAUAUAUAUAUGUUUUUUAAUUACUUAUCUUUUCAAUAUUUUGUGAAUUUAUUGCCAUACAGUUAGCAGAUACUGUAGGUUUCCAUUCACUCCUUAACUUACACUUGAGGCAAAAGUUUACCUUAACCACAGAUCUAGGAUUAGAUUAUCAUCCCCAAUCUUAACUUGAACCAUAACGGGGGUGUACAAAUAUCUGAUCCUAUAUCAGUGGUUAGAUACAUCACUAGUUCUGACAAUGAGAGCAAGCAUCAAUUCAUGGGCUUUGCUUAUUGGCUCAUCGUGUGUUCUAUUGAGGAACAAGAGCCAAUUACAAAGUGGUGUCCCGUGUCCCCACCUCCACAGUCCUAUUCCUCUACUCCCAAACCAAACUUGAUUGUAAAAAAUGUAAAAGACACUAGAGAAAAUAAAAACAAAAGUGUAUAAACUUUCUUUAAGCCAUGUGCAGAAGUGAUACGUUUUGAGAGUAGCUGUUUUGGGUUUGGUUUGAGUUUCUUUCUAAAUGGAAGCAGGUCAGUCGAGUAUUAUUAUCGAACUGUACAGUGUUUGUAAGAUAAAACCUAGGCCAGAAAUCAAUCAAAGUGCAUUAAACUUUUUCCACCCCAAACAAACAAAAUGCGCUUUAAUUGAAUGUCAGCCUGUUGCAGAAUCUUUUCUGUGGAUGUUCAAUUUUUGCGUAAAUGUUUCCCUUCUGUCAGAAUUUUCCUCAUUCGGCUUGAGGCAGGUUCACACACACACACACACACACGCACGCACACACACACGCACGCACACACACACACACACACACACACACACACACACACACACACACACACACACACACACACACACACACACACACACACACACACACACACACACACACACACACACACACACACACACACACACACACACACACACACACCUAGUGACCAAAUGGGGAGCCAACCACAUCUACAUAGCAGUGAAGUGGCCGUACUCAUAGCAUAGCUUCUUAUACACAGGCACAGCACUGUGAGAAACAAACUUGAACCAUUAAAUCACUGUCUCUCUCUCACACGCACACAGACAGACACACACACAGUUUCCUAAUAUCUUUUAAAAGUGAUUAUCUGAGGGAGAAUAUUGUUAUUUGUUAAUUCCUUCAUUCCACGGACGGUUAUUUUGAUUAAUUGGUUGUUUGAUUGAUUGGUUGAUUGAUGGUUUGCCUUGUUGUGGUGUAUUGUGUUGUAUGCUGGUUAGGACCAGGAGUUUUACCUGGUCAAGUCACAUGGUCAGGAACAACAUUCUAGCCCUAGACUUAAGAAUAGUUGAGAGUAUUUAAGUGAACAGUCUUAAAAGAGGACACAAAGCUCUAGAAUGGAAGUCUUGUGGUGCUCCCAUUCCCACAUCAUUCACUAUAGCUGAUCUAGGUCAGUUUAAAGUUUUCUCCCCCUAAAGAUUAUGUCAGGAUUUGGGGAAUGAAAUCUGAUCAUAGGUCUUACCCAGAGCAGAACGCUAGAACCCUAAAACAAAAUUCUGUCCCUAGACACUGAUCUCAGGUCAGUUUUACCUGGACUCAUCAUUGUGUUUUAUUUAUCUCCUGUGUAUGCAUAUACAGUAUGUAUCUCUGGUAACACUUUGUUUUACAGUCUCCUUUAACUUGGUAUUUGCUUAUAAAUAACAUGGUAAAAACAUCUGUUUCGUUGCAAGCGAGGACUAUUUGGUCCCAGGUUGAAAGUCCCCAUUGUUACCACAAUGUGUUCCUUCCGGCUGGGACAGGACUGUAAAGUCAAGCGUUACCGUAUAUUUUUGCCUUGAUUAAUUGUGAAUGAUCAGUUAUAGAUUAUGAAGGAGAUGUAAUAUCUAUUUUUUUGUAUCUGGUCGCUCUGAUGUGCCAUAACUCAUGUUUUCUUGCACACUGUUCAUAUUUUACAGUUAAAUACUUUACUGUUAAGACUUUACUGUUCAUAUUUUACAGUUAAAUACUUUACUGUUAAGACUUUACUGUUCAUAUUUUACAGUUAAAUACUUUACUGUUAAGACUUUACUGUUCAUAUUUUACAGUUAAAUACUUUACUGUUAAGACUUUACUGUUCAUAUUUUACAGUUAAAUACUUUACUGUUAAGACUUUACUGUUCAUAUUUUACAGUUAAAUACUUUACUGUUAAGACUUUACUGUUCAUAUUUUACAGUUAAAUACUUUACUGUUAAGACUUUACUGUUCAUAUUUUACAGUUAAAUACUUUACUGUUAAGACUUUACUGUUCAUAUUUUACAGUUAAAUACUUUACUGUUAAGACUUUACUGUUAAUAUUUUUUGUGGAUAUUGCUGUUAAAAAAAUAUGAUAUUGACAAAGUAGACAACAUGAAUAAAAAUAUAAUAACGC